CCCGCGGUUUAGUUUAGUCUGGACUGGGGCGAAAGGCGGAACCUUUGGGAUUAAGGAUUGCUAAGCGGACUUGGAGAAUCUAUCAUGGAGAAAAUCAAAGUAGCAAGCACAAUGGAUCGAGAUGGAGACUCUGUCCAUAAGAAGCGUGAUGCAAUCUGGCCCUUGGUUCUCUUCUAUAUCCACUUAAAUAUCCUCGGGGUCUAUGGGACUUAUAUUCUGCUCACCAGCGCUUCGUGGGCCACCAUUUUAUUCACCGCGUGCCUCACACUCCUUGGAACUUUGGGCGUGACUGUGGGCGUUCACCGCCUUUGGGCCCACAGGACCUUCACCGCCUCCAAACCCCUGAAGGUGUUCCUCAUGUUUUGCCAGACGACAGCCGGUCAGGGCUCCAUCUAUAGUGUGGUACAGGCCCACCGUCUGCAUCACGCGAAGUUCCAACAGGACGAGGAUCCCUACUACAGCAAACACAGCUUCCUGUACGCCCAGGUGCGAGGGGGUCUCCUGAAGUACUCUCCGCAGCAGGAGGAGCUGCUUAAGGAUGUGGACAUGUCGGAUCUGGAAAGUGAUACCAUUGUGAUGUUUCAGAAAAAGUACUAUGUCCUGCUCUACAUUUUCCUGAACGUACUUCUCUCGGUCAACACCCCAUUCCAAUACUUUGGAGACUCCCUGGCCGACUCCAUGUUCGUGGGCUUCUGGUUGCGAAGUCUGAUUGUUAUCAACUUGGGAAACCUGGUGCACUCUUCGCACUUCAUCUGGAGCAUCCACAAGGGCUUCAAGCCCACGGACUCGAACAGCAUCUUUCUGAUCACGAAGAGCUACUGGCCGCAGUAUCACUACCUGCUGCCCCGGGAUUACCAGAGCGGGGAGUACGGGGACUACGCCUCGGGAAUCGGAUCGGCCAUGAUCCGGGUCUUCGCCGCACUCGAUUGGGCCAAGGAUCUGAAGACCAUUGGAUCCGUGGCCGUGCGUCAGGGACUCACAAAGGCUGUGGAGUCGGGUCGUCCGAUUGUGGAGUGCAUCGAGGAGGAGGUUCAGCUGGAGGAGAACGCCCUGCCCGCCAACCAUUUUCUCAACCGGGAGAAGUUUAUGUGAGCACAUUGCAUCAGCGGGCACUAAAAAGAUGUGACAAAUGGUCGCGGCAUCGUAAAAAUAAAUUAACCGCCGUUGGGGAGGCGGGGUAGAGUAAA